CUGUUGAUGCUGAUGCUGCUCGUUCUUCAGUCCCGUCCGCAUCCCGUAUCCGCGCGGUGUACCAGCCCCGGUACCAGCCCGCAGGUGGGUGGUGAGCCUAGAUCCGGUCCCGGUGGGGGACGUGGAGCCGGUCCAGUGAGCCUCGGGUCAAGCAGCUGCAAAAGAACCAGGCGGAACCGAUCUGAGAGGUUCGGAUGGCGCCUCUACUUACAGCUGAUGGUGGUUACAAAGAUCGUCUCUGAACGCAGAUGGGCCGCCACCUUCCGGUGUAGCACUGCGCAUGCGCUGCUUCCCUACAUAAAUACGCCAUCCUGCCAGGCAGCCUACAAUGGAGACGUCCAUCGCCUCUACACUGUCCUGUGUAAAGAUGCAACACAGCUAAAUGUUCAGGAGGAGUACACUGGAGACACUCCCCUCAUUGCUGCCUGUCGUCGUGGAAACCUGAAUGUAGUGAAGUACCUGCUGCAAAACAAGGCCAAUGUCCAGCUGACCAAUAAGAAAAAGAGGACGUGUCUUCACUACGUGUCCAAAAGGACUUUCACUGUGCUGGACUACCUGAUGAUCGCCAUCCUGAUGCCGGUCAUGCUGCUCGGAUACUUCGUCAUGCUGCAGAAACAGAGGAAGAGUGUGGAGCUGAUGAAUGCUGUGCUGAACAGUGGCGUCGACAUUAGCGCUGUUGACUAUAAAGGAAACACUGCUCUUCACUACGUCUGUCAGAAGAAAAGCAGCCGUCUGGUUCCUUUGCUGCUGCAGUUUAACGCCAAGACAGACAUCAGGAAUAAAGAAGGAGAAACUCCUCUGGACAUCGCCACCAGGCAAAAGUUUACAAAGAUAAUCAACAUGUUGAGGAAAACCCACUGAUAACUCAUUGUUAUUGAACGACCAUCAGAUUAUCUCCAUCAAAACAUCAUGCUAGGCUAGGCUAAAGGUUUUGGUUUCAUGUUACAAUUGAAAAAUAAUUAGCUAACCCUGAUGCUAAGCUAGGUUUAGGAUAAUAAUUUGUUUUCUGUUACUCUGUUCAUAAAUGCUUAGCUAAACUAAUCAUGAUGCUAGGCUAGGCUAUUUCACUUUCCAUUCCUUUUACACCAAAACAUCUAGCCACAGAUAUAAGGGAAAUAUGCAGACCAUAAGAAACCACUUUUUAACAAUUUUAAAACUGUGAAUAAAUUAAUAAAGCUGUUAUUGGUCAAUAAAUGUUAAAAAAGUAAAAUGCAUCCCCUUCUUUCUCCAUGAUAAUCAUUCUUCUACACUGCAGAAGGUAAAAAUUAUAAAUGAUCAGUUUGGUUCAGAGCAGCUUUAAUGCAGGAAACAUGACAGAAGUUAUCAAAAUUUUAGAACAACUCAAUUCUAAAUGGCCUUCAACUAAAAACAGAAAUUAUUUUUUUUCAGCUUAAACAAAUAGAUUAGAUUUUCCUAUUAUGGCAAAAUUCCAGUGCGGUUUAUCUGAUAAA